CUGAUGUGAGUUUAUAAAAUCCCAUUUUGUCUGUCUCCAUCCUUUUGAAAUGUAACUGCAAGAAAGAAGAAAGAAGUAGACAGACAAUACAAACGAAAUCAGUUUGCGCAGGUUAGCAUCGACUUCGGUUUGACGGAAAGACCAGAUCGAGACUCUUAAAAGACCGAAGACUGUCUGUCUGAUCUGGGUUUUGAUCUCUCUUCCAUCUCCUUGUUCUAAUCACUCGCUGAAUCUCCUAGUUGGUGUCUUCAAAGGACUUGACCAUUUGGGGCACUUGAGUUCAUUAUUAGUAGUUUCAUCCCACUGGAGAUUGGCACACCAAAUUUCAUGUGAAGGGAGUUCUUAAUACAAGCAUUUAGGAGAUAAGUGACCAGGUCCUCCUCAUUGGCAAUGAAAUCUUACGAACACGAUGGAGUGGACUUGGAAGAUGGGAAGACACGAGAUAAACCAACUCUGAGAAAGAUACCUAACCAGGCUUUGUUAUCCGGUUUAGCUUAUUGCGUUUCAUCAUGCAGCAUGAUACUAGUUAACAAGUUUGUUCUUUCCAGCUACAACUUCAAUGCUGGGAUCUUCUUAAUGUUAUACCAGAACUUUGUCUCAGUGAUCAUUGUUAUGGCUUUGAGCUUAAUGGGUCUGAUAACAACUGAACCAUUGACCUUGAGAUUGAUUAAGGUCUGGUUCCCCGUGAACGUGAUAUUUGUUGGGAUGCUUAUCACAAGCAUGUUUAGUUUGAAAUACAUCAACGUAGCAAUGGUCACGGUCCUGAAGAAUGUCACUAAUGUAAUAACAGCAGUUGGUGAGAUGUAUCUAUUCAACAAGCAUCAUGACAACAAAGUGUGGCUUGCUCUCUUCUUAAUGAUCAUUUCUGCAGUAUCUGGAGGGAUAACAGAUCUAUCUUUCAAUGCUGUUGGCUAUGCCUGGCAAAUUGCUAAUUGCUUCUUAACUGCAUCUUACUCUCUGACACUGAGAAAGACAAUGGAUACGGCCAAGCAAGUUACUCAAUCUGGAAACUUGAACGAGUUCUCCAUGGUCUUGCUUAAUAACACACUUUCAUUACCGCUUGGCCUUAUUCUUUCUUUUGCUUUCAACGAGAUGGAUUAUCUUUUCAACACGCCACUUCUUCGAUUGCCAAGUUUCUGGAUGGUCAUGACACUCAGUGGACUUCUUGGUCUUGCUAUUAGCUUCACUUCAAUGUGGUUUCUUCAUCAAACCGGAGCUACAACAUACAGCUUGGUGGGAUCACUAAACAAGAUACCGUUGUCUAUUGCUGGGAUCGUUCUUUUCCAUGUACCGACCAGUUUGCAGAACUCAGCAAGCAUACUCUUUGGUCUUGUGGCUGGAGUUGUGUUUGCCAGAGCUAAAAUGAGGGAGAAGUCCUAGAAACAGUUUAUCGUUUCCAACACUGUUUCUUACAGCAAUUAGUAUUGGACAUGCUUUAAAAGAUUAAGUUCCCCCAAUUCAAUUGUUUGUUGAGUAGAAUUGGGUUUACAACCUCACAAUUAUAGUGAGAAUGUGUUAAAGGUACUUGCCAUACUAUGACUAGUGACAAGACUUGUAGUAAAGUAUUUAACUGAGUGUAUUUUGAUUCUUGGGUGGUAACUGGUAAAAGAGGAGCUGGGUCAUAUGUUUCUGGUUUUGACCUUA